ACACAUGACCACCUCUGAAAAUUUGCUGUACAAUGUGUACAAUCACAAUGACUGGUGUGUGGAAUCAGAAGAAAUAACCUUCCGUUUACCAUACUCAUUCAACGUUUCGGUUUGGUCUAUUCUAAGGACUGCUGGGUCAUUAAUUCGAUCAAACGUAAAUAAUGUCGUUUUCCCACUGAAUCAGAUAUUUCUGCGGAUAAAAGAGUUCUCACUCGACUGGAAGGUAGAUUACCACGAUGCAUCAAAGUUGCUAGCAGUUGCAAGUGAACGAGAAGUAUUCUUGCUGUCUUUUGAAUCUGGUUUUUCAACAGUGCUUGCUAGCCAUCAGAUCACGCGAGACUAUAAUCCUAAAUGGGCGCUUCUUCAGUGGGCUCCAAACGGUGGCCAUUUGAUUCAUACCUCCAGUAAAGCUCAUUUGACUGUGUUUGACCGCAAGUUAUCCCAAAUUGCUUCCAUUUCAAUUUACGGCGCAGAGAGAAACCUAAACCCACAAGAGCGAAACACGCUGGAUGUUUUUGACACUGUUGACAAUGGAAAUUGUGUUUGUGCUAUUGCUUUUAAGGAGGAGUCAUCACUGGAAAACGCUUUUCUCAAUAUUUAUUGUCUCAGUUUCCGAGGGUUGUUCAACUCUUUCAUUUUCGACUACUCAUUAAACGAUCUACAGAAGUAUUUUACCGUAAACCUAUCUUCCUUCUACAUAAAUGGUGGUGUUUUCAGUAUGAUUUUUUCUAAAGUACAUGAUAUUUUUGUUACCGGAUCUUGUUUCGACAUGUGCUCCGAAGAAAUAAAGGAUAGUACACAGAAUGGCCUACACGCCUGGAAGCUUGUCGCCGAAUCGCCAUGGCUGUUAAAUUUUGCUUUGAACGACAAAAACACACAGAAAAUGCGAAAUAAACCUUGGUUUGGUAAAGGGACUAAUUCGGAACAAAUUGAUGGAGCAUUUCGAUUAAUUUUGUCUGGCGAUGAAAGAACAGUAUUUUCCUGCAAUUGGAUGGGAACUGUUUCCCAAUGGUCCAUGCCAGGUUUGCUUUUGAUUCGGAGGAUGAGUGCGGUAGGCAUAUGCCAAUCACCAUUGGCUGAUACUGAGGCAAGUACUUACAAUCGAUCGAUGACCAUGCUUCGAAACGAUUUGCAUGAUUCCGUGAAUAAUCUGCAACUAUGGGGAGAUGAGGAAGUAGUCUUCAUGAAGUUUUCAGGGCUUACAGAUUUGCAAAAUAUAACCACAAUGGAAUCAGUAAUUGGUAAAUGUGAAAAGUUUCCUCCAACUUGUGAAAUAACUAAGGUUUUUGAAACUGACGGUGGUCACAAAGCAUUUAUUGGGUUGGAGCUGGAAAAAAAAGUAUCGACGAUAAAAAGAAAGUUUAGAUUGAGCGAUUCUUCUGACAAUGAAGAUGACGAUGAUGACGACGAUGAUGAUUCCGAUGCAGAAACUCCUGAGACGUACAAACAGCAAGGAUCUAGAUACUUGAAACAGGGACUUUAUUUCCUAACUGAAAGUGACCAUUUCCAGCCUCCCAAAAAGAAGCCGAAAUUAAUCACCAAAACAUACAGAAUAUUUUCCUUUCAGUCCACUACUCCUGAGGCACUCUUUAAAAUAAAGCUUCAAAACGAAGAGUUCGGAGAAGCUCUAACAUUGGCAAAAAUGUUUAACUUAGAUGCAGAUCUGGUUUAUAUGCGACAGUGGAGAAAGUACCCGGUUUCGAAUGCUACAAUUCAGGACUACCUGCGUAAGAUCUCAAAGCGUCAUUGGAUUCUAAGGGAAUGUGUCAAUAGAACCUCGAAUGAUCUAGAUGCGAUGAAAGCACUGUUGAAUUACGGGCUGAUUGGCACUGAAGUAGAAGUUGUUUUAGACAUAGGCAAUAAAAGUGCACAACAAGACCCUACGGUGUCAAAUUUUGAUCUAAGAGUUGAAGAGGAUAUUCUGACAGAGGACGAUUACGCAUUUUUGUCGCGACAAGAAGUAGCCGAGAAAAAGGCGAAGUACCGAAAAGAGAAAAUUGAAGAUCUUUUAACUGAGCUAGAAAAAGUUGAUGCACUCAAUUCAGAGCAGAAGGAAAUUCUCAGAACUAGAUUAAGACUGGUUCACUAUUUGCACACGCUGAUUCUAUACGAAGAGGUUUUAGGCGGGGCUGAAAAGGCAUCUCAGAAAUUUUCAGCAGACGAAUUUUCAGAUCUUCGUGACCAAACUUGGCUGAAGACCACAAUCGACUUCGCGCAAAGUUGCGAUUGGCAAGCAGUAGACACGAUGUUUAUGCAUGUAAAAGAGUUGGAGCAAUACAGGUUGCUGAUUUUGUCAAACUUUCCCGAAACAACCGAUAUCUCGGAAAUCGCAGAGUUGUUGCCGUCAGUAUCCGAUAAUGGGCGAAUUAAAAUUUUGUUCAUGUGCGAGCAAUUUGAAUCUGAUUGGAUCGAAUCUCAAAUAGUGAAGAAACUUUUUGACGAAGAGUUAAAAUUGAACUCGGUUGAUAAAAAUCAGAUCCCAAAGAUUUUAUUACCGGAAAAAUUGACCCCAGCUAGCUGUGGAGAAUGGUUUAAAUAUAGAGCGAGAGAAAUUGAAAGUUGCACUGGGUUGCUGAAGAAUGCAUGUGAUUUGCUGAAACAUGGCGUUGAUAGUGAAAUCCCAGGAGUGAUUCAGUUAGUUACUGAUAUGCAGCUUCUGAAUGAUUUUGUGUGUGAUAAACAAGCGAACAUGCUGAUUCAGUUCUCAGAGUUUGAAGCAAUGUCCGACUUCGACAAGCUGAACGUAAUAGUUCAAAGCGCAACCUCUGAAAGUAUUGUGAAAGAUGUUGGGAAAUUUGUUAAACCUAGAUUGAAUACAUUGAGUGGAAAGAAACACGAGGAAUUAUUUCGACAGCUUCUCAUAUCGAUAUCAAUACAAGGUCUGGAUAAAUUGGUCCGAAUUUUCGAAGCUUCAAAGCCAAAAACUUCAGAGCCGCUUGAAACCAACCAGUUGAGUUUAAUGCGAAACGCGGUUGAUUGUGUGUAUAACUGUCCAAGAACUGAUCAGCUCUCUCAGGCUUACGCUAUCCUCAACUGUCUCCCACUGCGCUCAUCGGGAAACUAUGGUCCUCAGUAUGACCAGGUUUUUGAGGACAUUGACUCUUUGGAAAUCCAUUUAGAAGCAGCUAGCAUUCUGAACAAAUUUGAAAUCUCCAAAUCAGUUGUGUUUUACAAGCAAGUGCAAUACGACAAGGUCGAAAGUUUAAAAAUUUUGAAUGAGUUAAUGGCAACAUUGGUGAAACAAGAACGGAAAAUGAGCUCAGAAGAUUGGCUGAAUUUUCUAGUGCACGAUUUGCUGCAAUUGCAGGCAAAAUUGAUGAAAAAGUUGUCGGGACAGGAAUGUUUCCGUAUUUUUAUAACACAAUUACUGAGAGCAGAUAAUUCAAAACUGACCAAACUAGCGCUGAGGUUCAUGGCGCUUUCUCAGUCUGAAAAAACAAGGGAGUUCUCAUACGCAACUGCGGCCAAUUUCAAACUGUCGUUCAAAGAAUCGACAGAGGUUCUUUUGAACGUAGCCCAAGAGUUCGUCGACUCGGCGUCAUCUGUCAAUGACUCAUCUCUGUUAGGCGCGGUGUCGCUUCUGAAGACAAUUCACAGCCCUCCAAAGUUUAUACAAGAUGAGAAAGACUUCAUAGAAAUGUUGACGAAGCUGCAGCAGUAUAGCUGUAGUUUGCUGCCGGUGGUUAUCCGAGACAAGUAUGAUUAUGAGAGUCUCGUUAAGUAUGUUCUAAAGGAAAAUGUAGGCGCUUAUACCAAUUGGACAAAAAUUCUGAAGAUUGCUACCCUCUUCAAAUCUCCAACAAAAUCUGUUUCAAAUGACGAGAAGAAAGCGCGGGUUUGUGCUAUAAUAGCCGAAAGCGCCUUAGCCGACAAGUAUAUUGACCUGGCGCUAGAAAUGUGUCUUCAAUUAAUUGACCUGAAAUACAGGAAAGCUUGGACGUUCUGUUGGACUUUAGUUCAGAACGAAGAACUUAAAGACUUGGAGGUGAAGUUGAAACUAUUGGCAUUUACGAUGUGUUACUGCGAUGAACAGGUCUUGACUGAUGUUGUUCGAAUGAACAACCGAGUUAUGAUUCAAGUUACAAGCCAAAAAGUAGAUGAAGCGCAGUUGAGUUCUAAAUCGGAGUCGACUGUCAAACUUUUCCCUGUUUUGGGAACCUUGGAAAAAACGGGUAAGGAGUUUUUCAAGGAAACUCAAGAUAGCACUCAGAAAUUUUUGACGUCACAAGGUAUCAGUUUCCACGGUGAUACAGCCAGUGCCUCUUCGUUCAGCGAUUUUGGUUUGAGAGGAAUCCAUUUUUUAGACACCGAUCUUGUAUCGGCAGAAUCAAUCAAAAUGUUUGAUCAUGAGAUCGCUGAGCCCAGCCAAUGUUUCAAACAACUAGUUGAAAGACCGUACUGGGAUGUUGCCAACGAAGAAAACGAUUCAGAAACUCUUCAAAAAUCCUUACUGGACUGUGCCUUAGAGUGUUUCGAUGUGGAUUUGACUCUCAGUCUUUUCUUCCUUCUGGCUUGUAACAGCGAAGCAUCCGUAGACUCUAUGAAAUCAAAAUUGCCUCAAAACGAAAGAAGCUCAAGUUUCCUACUUUUAGCCUACACAUUGCUAAGAAAAACGAACGAUAGUAGCAGAGACUUCGAUGUGAUUGAAAUGGUAAAUAAGAAACCUUACGAUUUGAUCAAUUCUGAAGUGAAUGCUUUAAAAACAGAGUCGGAAAAUUGUUCCAGUCCAGUUUUAAAGGCCCUUGAAAAACUACAAUCAUUAGUCGAGGCUUCGAAACUGGGCCAAUUAGUUUCAGAAGUUGACACCUCGAGAUUCUCGACUGACGAAGAGUACAAAACGAGUACAAUUUUAGGCUUGGCUGCCAAUACUGAUCCGAAGUUAGUGGCACUCUCUUUAGAAUUAGCUGAGCGUCAUAAAGUAGAUGUGUAUAAAGUCAGACUACAUACCCUUCUUCACGUUUUGACAGAUAGCAAAUACAGAGUAAAUGACAUUAAACGACAUCUGAAAGAAAUGAACUUGAUAGAAGACCUCAAGUCGAAACCGGAAGAUGUCGUGAAACUGUUGGAGACAGAAGUUUUGCCACUAAUUCAUCCGUCGGAUUUUGAAAAAUUGAAAGUUGUUUUUGAAAUCUUGAAGUCUGGCAAUGUAACAGAGUCUAGAUUGUGCCAGAAAGCCGAAUUGCAUAUCGAAGUUUUGACAGCCACUCAAAAACUUGCUCCUAGUUUACCAUACAAAGAUCUCAUUAAAGUUGAAAAUGACUGUGAUUUGAACGAGCUGGUCUCGAAGUAUUGCACACAGAAAAAUUUCACCGAACUGUCUCAAACUCUAGCAAAAGUUCCAAACACUGCAAAGCCGAUUAGCCGCAGCAAAAUUCUCUAUUUCUAUUCUAGUAGGCUAUUUUAUGAGCUCGAACACAAAUCAAGCAAUGAAUAUGGCGACCUUAUCAAUAGCGUGAAGUCCUGCAUUGAUCUAAUGCAACUUGAAGAUGUUCAACAUACUGCGAAUUUAGUUGCUUUCCAAGAAGAUGAUAUAAGAGUUACUGACCUUCCAUCGGUUUUGGCACUGGUCCGAAAGUGCUUAGCAGUUUGCAGGAAAAGUAAAAAGAAAUCUGCUCAUUCUGAAACUAUUCAAAAUGUGGAACAAAUUUUUGAAGAAAUUGAAAAACUAAACAACGCUCCUUUCAUGAACAAAUGGUUUGCGAGUGACAAUGAAAUAAAACGUAGUGCGGCUAAGGCUUUUUGGCUUUCAAGAGGCGACAUUGAAACUCAAAAGGAAGUUUUGAUGGGUUUGGUACUCGCACAGAUACCUUUUGAAGCCAUAAGCGAAGCCAUGAAAUCCUUGAAAGUCGGAUUUGAACUGACUGAGGUGAUUGAAAAUGUCAUGAGCCGAUGCAUGGAGGAUAUUGCAAUGUGUCAAAAUAUAGAACUGGUUGAAACUUCAAAGCCAUUAGUCAGUGUUCUGACCAAUGUGAAAUCUCACUUAAAUUCGGAAGACGAAAAGAGUUGCGCGGAAAUAAGCGAGGGGAGAAUCAUUGCUAAAUUACGAGAAGUCACAUCCAUUCCUAAUUUGUCAACAGAAGCGAAAAUUUUCAUUUUAGAAAGAAUCGAACAUCUGUUUAAUUUGAACGAACAAGACUUGAAAUCAUUGCUCCACGCUAGAACUAGAAAUUUGAUCGGAAGUUUGUUCUCGGAAAGUGUUUUCACAGAAGAUGAUCUGAGUUCUGAAAGUGGCCGUUACGAUUUGAUCUGUGAUUUACUGGACUGCAGCGUAAACUCAGCCCAGUUUGCGAAGUUGGUUGAAUUGAUCGACGCUUGGCCAGCGUUCAAAAGCUACCCUGGAAACCAGCACCCUCUUGUAGCUGUAGCAUGCAAAUGGAUCCAAACUGAUUCUAAAGAAGCGAUGCAAACGCUCAAGAAGGUCGUGGAAUCGAAAUUAUCUGAUUUUGCAGUGAAGCAGUGCUUUGCAUCGGUGGUAGAUUUUUGCCUGGACUCAGGAAACGAGGAGUGCGCUGUUGUCUUUGGACUGCGGUUGAAAACAUCAACAGCUCACUUGGAUAAAAUUGUGGCCAUUCUGAAUGGAGCUGAGAUACAAUUCGAGCUACCACAAGACAGUUUCGAAGACGUAAUUGAGGCAAAUCUACUGCCCAAACUCAUGUCCUCCAAGUAUUACUCUCUCAUAACGGAUCACGUGAUAGAAGAGCAAAAUCAGUCUCUCAUGCAAAAAGUGAUAAAUCAGUUGAACUCCAGAGACCUGGAAAUAGAGGCCGCCGACUUCUGGGGAAGAUACUCAGACAGUCAUCCGACGUUUAACACAGUGGUGUCGGCAGUUGGCUUUUUAAAAAACUGGUUCAAGUCAUGAGUUUCAAACAGGCAGGGAAAUUGGUGAUUUAUAACUUGAGGUAUCAUGAAAAAAUAAGUUCGUUAAUGCGCUGUAUAUAAAUGUUUAGACAUGUACUUCAAAUUGGUGCUGGAAGCUAAAUAAUUAGUAAAAUAUUAGCUCUCGUAAUGA